CAUACAUUAUUGUAUAUGAUAAUUAUAACGCAUGUACUUUUGCUCACACAUUCACUUUUAGGCGGUUCCGUUACAUCUGGCCAAUGCGAAGUCACUUGGCUUAUUUUACGAUCGUUCUACUGGGAGCUGGUCAAUAUGCGCAAACACAGCUACCAGUUGCAGGAUAAAUGGUAUUUCGAAUCAAUAAUCGCAGAAUUGUAUUCCCUGGCGAAGGCACAAAAACCCGCACGUCCAAAAACUAAACAAAGUAUUGGAUCACUUAUGUUAUCGUCCAUAUUAUGUGAUGAAGAAACGUCCACACCAACAGCGUCACCCGUUUCUGAACCGAUAAACAAACCAAAUGAACAGUUAGCUGAUCUACCUAAAGCCAUUCCCAGUACCAUACAACAGCCGAUUGUGCCACUUAAGCCCAUUGAAACGCUUCAACUACCGCAAGCAUCACCAAUGACUUCGAGUCCUAUCGUACCAAUAUCAGUUAGCCUCGAUGAAGAUACAAUAAGUUCUUCGAAAAUCGAUACAAAUAGUGGACAGGUUAAGAACGUCAAUAUCGAUCAAAAUAAGGGGCCGGUUAAAAAUGUCACUAUUGAGACAAAUAAUGGACAAAUUAAGAAUGUCACUAUUCGAUCAAAGCAGCAGAAAAAACAAACGCCUAUCACAACAUCCGCCGCGGCCCCCUCGUUUAACACAGCUACCACCUCCACCUAUUCACCCUCGAACUUGGUUGUAACGCUAACAAAAGUACAGCCGAAAACACAUGCAACUAUCGUACAGCAAGAGUCGCAAACAUCUUAUCCACAAUCGAAAUCGCCACAAAUUCGCGUAAAAACACAGGCGCAAUUGCAAGCAGAACCGCAAAAACCUGUAAAAAUGUUUGUUCAGACGCGUCCGCAAUUUCAAAUGUACCCACAAACAUCAACACAGACUCGGCUACAAAUGCCGCAGGCAUCGCAAAUACAAGUACGCUUACAAGCACCGCCCCAGCCGCCAAAUCCAAUGCAGACCAUCACCCUGCCGCGUAUGCCACAGUCCCAACAAAAUACAUUUCAAAUUCUCCCGGUCACUCCUAUACAAGCGCAAACAAAGAUGUCUAAUAAAACUAAUCAAGCACAUCAAACACAGCAAACACAUCAAACACAUCAAACACAUCAAACACAUCAAACGCAUCAAACACAUCAAACACAACAAACACAACAAACACAUCUUCCAACACAGCCACAAUUACCAAUUAUGCCUGCGAAUAUGGGCCAGCUAUUGCCCCCUGUGACAAUAGAACCACAAUGUGUUCAAAAUCAAACACAAACUUUCGAUACGAUUAAAACACCGAAAAUUGUAUCGGCUGUCAGUUUAGCGCCACGUGCAGCAUUCUCUGCGCCCUUCAUUAAUAAAGGCCUACAAAUAACAGCAGUGACUUCGGGCCAGCCUGCUACACCACCACCGCCUCCGGCACCGCAAACGAUGCACCCAACACUCUUACCACUACGUGCGACCGCUCCAGCUGUGCCCCUGCCUGCUCCCGCGCAGACUGUACUUUCGCCAAUGGUGGAGCCAUCAGCACUGUCACAACGUCCUUCAGGCAUCAUAAAUCUACCUUAUUCUUUGCCGGACAAAACAAAUAUUACUAAAUGUCCGCCACUGAGUAACGUCUCCAAUAAUAAAACAAUCUCCACUGUGAUCCCUCUGCCAAAUGCCAAUGCUGUUGUGCCGCCUCCUGCCAUAUCGCAAACUACGUUGUCUACAAAUAUCACAAAACCUAGGCCGCCAACUUCAAUCGAGUCGAAAAUACCAGCUACAGUUUUGGCUCGACCACACUUAACACCAGCGUCACAGCUUAAUGCAAACGAAAUAAUGAUCGAGUUGAUUAGCUCGGUGAAUGGUAACCAAUUGGUAGUACAUGGUCCACCGUUGGAUCAAAAAUAUUCGCUGCCAAUGAGCACAACGGCUAUGUUUAUCAGAGCGGUGUUAUCCAUUCCAUUUUUACAUAAAAAGUUCCCCAGCAAUGCAGCGCAGGUACAAUUCUGUUGGGCGUAUUUGGCAAAGCGCUUCAACUUGCCCGUGCAUAUUUGCAAAGCCUGUUGGAAUUUUCUAUCGGAGAACUUUACGCAUUUUCCGCAAAUUGCGCCUAUGGAAGAGCUGACGAAGCCUAUAAGAAUCGCUAUCAAAGUGUGGCAGGAAACUAACACCUACUUCCUAACAUUCAACAAGAAAGCAGCUCAAUUGGGUUUACUGCCCAUAAAAGAUUCGGUAGAAAAAUUCUUCGAUAAUAUCAGAGAUCAGACGAAAAAUAUACCACGAGUAUCUGGCGCAAAAUUAUCAUUUAUCGCCGAUUGGCAAGCAGCUAUUCAAAUAAAUCCCGUCGUGUCAAACAAAAUAUGGUACAACACAUGGACGCUGUUCAAAAACGGAUUCUACAAAUACAUGCGUGACUUGGAGAUUGGCAUCGAUAACAAAUGGUCAAUAGAGUGGUGGCGUGUAUUGGCCAAGUUAGACUUUUUGCUGGAAGAACAAUAUCACAAUAGGGAACCUUUUUAUUAUAUAGUGCGAAACAAAAUGAUUGACGAAUUCGAACGCUGCGUAAGAGAGGAACAGAAAUAUCUGGCUGACGCCUCAAAACGCAAAGAACUCAUGGCUAAAAAAGACACAGUAAAUCCAAUGUUACAAAAGAUACCCGACGUAGAUGCAUACCGAGUGAUAUUGGCUGUGCGUCGUUAUCCGCAAAUUUACCAAAAAGCCACCGAGGCAGAGAAGAAUAAAGCGUGGGAAAGUGUGGCAUCGGAAUUGCAAACAAGUGUAACAUCGUGCCGUUUUGCAUUCCAAUAUGCCCUGAAAAGCUAUCGUCUUUACGUAGCGCGUGAUCCGGCGAGUCGUUGUCGUCUCAAUCAACGUUAUUACAAACAUUUGUCGGAAAUCUACCGCAUUGUGAAACCUACUAAAAAACUUAAUAUAAAAACGCCGAUGGAACUGAAUCAAUCGGUAACUGAUGGCCUUGAAUCGAACGAACCAGUAUUUCCCGAGCGAUUCAUUAUGGAUAUUAAUAUGGGCAACAGCAGCACAAAUGUGGUUAUGAAGAAUUGGGGAUACGGUUUGAGCUCAACUGUAUCGACUGAGAGAUUGGAACAGCUCUUUGAGAAGUAUCGUCCAGCUGCUGUUUCUUUUGAAAGCUGAGCAGCAGCGCAGUAAAGGAAGAAAUCUGAGUCAGAAACUGUCUUAAAAUAGUUCAACAAUUAAUUUACAACUUUUCCUUUUUAUUUUUACAUACUAGAUAUAAAAUAUCCUUAGGGCAUGCUGUAGGUCGGAGUCAUACUAGUUUAUGUAUUUAAUAUAAUUGAUUUUUAAGUAAGAUAUUCAUAGUGUAAGUGACGUUCAUGUACAAAUGUUAUUACACACCAGAUGCUUUGAUAAUUAUUUAAAAACACAGCUCAGCUUAAAUUUCUAUAUAAAAAAGUAAAUACAA